AUGAAAGUCCACCUAUCAGAAGCAGAACAAAGGUUACAAAGAAUCUCAGAUGAGAAAGGAAAGCUGUUAGAAGAACUGGAGCAAGUAAACAAGGAGCAUAUGGCUCUCAAGCAGAGCAAACAGCUUGCGAGCCAGAUGGAAGCUGCCAAGAAAAAGGAUCCGGAUCUCUAUGAUCGGGUUAUAUCUUCUGCAAACCGCAGUGCCUCCCACUAUCAGGGCCAAAUGGAUCGCCUACGCUCCGACCUGGAUGACGCCCGGAACGCAGCGGAACGCAUGCGAGAGUGA